AAGAGAGCGGGAGGGCUUGGAGCUGGGGCGCAGAGGGGAGAGGAAAUAAAGGGCUCGUUUGGCAGGGCUGCCAAGGAUCCAGGAAUGGAGGCCUUACCACAAACUUUAAGUUGAGGUAUUUGGGGAAAGUUAGUGGGAAGAGAAGGACCAUGGGGCAUUAUUAGUAACCGUGAAUGUCAGAGCCAGAAGGGACCCCGAGGAGAAAGCCGGAGCCGGGAGAGUGGAGUGACCUGCAGCAAGUGGCACAGCCAGGUGGCGUGUGCCUAGGCCAGGGCUCUGUGCUUCACGUUGGACAUUUAGAUGGCAGGGACUGUGCCAUUUUAACUUAUCUCCUUCCUGAAAUAUGCUGCCUCACCCACCGAUACUCAUCUCGAAGAUGCUUUGGACGAUAGUGACAGGAUAGAAUACAAGUGGCUUUUAUGGCUGUGAAUAAGGGCCCCAUGAUCAGAGUACAGAGAGAGCGAUGUCAACUUUAUUCAUACCGUGUCAGCCAAACCUUUGGGGAGGGGACCCAGGAAUGCUGAAGGGGUCGAUGACUGUGUCUUUUAAACAUGAUAACCUGUUGUGACUGCUUACCUAAUGUUUUGGUGUUCCUGGGGCGAAGGGAAGGGGGGAUUAUUGGUGCAUCUUAUUUUUCUGUCUUUACAUAUAAAAGUACAAGAGAAUGGAAGGGGAAAUGUCUUGGCCUCAAUACCAAAAAAAAUACAUAUUUCUUUUAAUUACUUACUAUAAAAGGCAUAGCCAGAGUGUCAGUAGGUCAGCUGCCUGGAACUAGGAAGGUCAUGGGGUUAUUUCCUGUACGAACCUAUAGUUUUCGCAAGAGAAAUCACCAUGACAUCUAGCCCCAGCCAGCUUGGGCUGGUGGUGUGUAAGUUCCCUCUCGUGGAACAGGGAAAGCCUUGAUGCAAAACUGGGCAUGUUCUCUGGUUAUUGUGGAGGUUUAGGGCUUGCCCCCUUUUGACCAGGAACACUGAAAUCUACCCUUGGGCAUGGCCCAGUCAGGCAUCUUUUAGAAGCUGAGUUUUUGAGCAUCCAUACUGGUCGGAGCAACAGCUGCUGAUGCUCUCGCAGCCUGUCCUGCAGUGAACUGGUCUCCAGGUCCUGUGCGCCCUGCUGGGUCAAAUCGUUCUAGCCUGUUCCUCUAACCCCAUGAUGGCUGUGGACAUAGAGUGCAGGUACAGCUGCAUGGCCCCUUCCCUGCGCAGAGAGAGGUUCGCCUUCAAGAUCUCACCGAAGCCCAGCAAACCUCUGAGGCCUUGUAUUCAGCUGAGCAGCAGGAAGGAAGCCAGUGGAGUGGUGGCCCCAACCGUCCAGGAGAAAAAGGUGAAAAAGCGAGUGUCCUUCGCAGACAACCAGGGGCUGGCCCUGACAAUGGUCAAAGUGUUCUCAGAAUUUGAUGACCCGUUAGAUGUUCCGUUUAACAUCACUGAGCUCCUAGACAACAUCGUGAGUCUGACGACAGCAGAGAGCGAGAGCUUUGUGUUGGAUUUUUCUCAGCCUUCGGCAGAUUACUUAGACUUUAGAAACCGGCUUCAGACCGACCACGUCUGCCUGGAGAACUGCGUGCUGAAGGACAAAGCGGUCGCAGGCACCGUGAAGGUGCAGAACCUGGCGUUUGAGAAGACGGUGAAGAUCAGGAUGACCUUCGACACCUGGAAAAGCUUCACAGACUUCCCCUGUUGGUACGUGAAGGACACUUACUCUAGUUCAGACAGGGACACGUUCUCCUUUGACAUCCGCUUACCUGAGAAAAUCCAGUCUUAUGAAAGAAUGGAGUUCGCUGUGUGUUUUGAGUGCAACGGCCAGACGUACUGGGACAGCAACAAAGGCAAAAACUAUCGCAUCACCCGGGCGGAAUUAAAGUCCACCCAGGGCCCGGCCGAGUCACAAAAUGGACCCGAUCUGGGAAUCUCCUUUGACCAGUUCGGAAGCCCUCGGUGCUCCUACGGUCUGUUCCCGGAGUGGCCUAGUUAUCUAGGGUACGAAAAGCUAGGGCCCUACUAUUAGUGACCUCGUGCGACGGAGCCCAGCUGAGUGGGGGCAGACGAGCCCAGCUGCAGUCACAGAGGGACGGAGAUGGAAAGCCAAGAGAAUAGCUGAACUGCCAUCAGGCACACUUGCCGAAAAGAAAGGAUCCUAUUCACUUUUUCCUUCAACCAGCAAGUCCAGCCCGGCUUAGACCACAGAACCAGUUUCACGCUCAGAGUGGCCGUGGUGUGCUGGUCUGCUUGGCACCCGGGGCAGCCACAGGGUAUGGCAGGAUGGUGCCAGCGAGGGUCUGGACAGGAGCCAGGCCUGCAGGCAGUGCUGGCGAGGCUAGAGGAUGGUGGCUUCAUAACGCCGCCACUCGGAGGGUGCCGGGGCUGUGUGAGGAGCGGCUUAGGAAAGUCAGUCACUCGGAUGUCACUCCGUCCCCAGCCACCUUCUGGCCCCUUGCCGUUCUCUGGCUUCUCUCCACCCAGCCAGGCCCUCCUACCUCUCGCUGCUGUCUCACAUCUCUGCGUUCUUCACAUUUUGUCUCCAUGCGUUUUUUUGGUGUUUUUCUUCGACAGUUCAUCUGAUGUUCAGGAAAAGAUAAUACAGGCAAAUCGGCCUGGGAGGCAGGCAUUUCCUCUUGCUGGGCCCCGCGUGUAUUCCAGCGGAGAGCAGCUCGCCAGUGACCCAGAGUAACUGGCGUCCGUGCAGCCUACGGAUUGCUGGCUCAGGACAGGCAGGACAGCCGCGAGUGGGACACGUUUCGCUUCUCCUCUUGGCUUUUGGGGGAGCUUUCUAAGCACUCAGACUUACCCGGAGUCACCAGGAGGCUCACUUACAAGGGGUGUUUCAACUUGCGCGGCUGGCUGGCAGGCGCCUUAUUCUUUAUACGCGGAUUGUAGAUCGUCCUUUCUGGAGACUCAUCUUUUACACUGUGUUCAGGACAUUUGGGUUGGAAGAUCCAAUAUAUCCUGGAAGCCUUCCAAAAAUGUUUGCUUUUAUUUUGACUGUGAUUUACAGCAGCCGGGACAUGUUACAAGCACCCAGGGACUUUGAUUUGGGUGUCCUUAUUUAUGCUGAGUAUGUGAAAGGGGCAGAGGAGGAAAACCUCACUAAGUUCUCCGAUGUUUGCCAGCUCUGAAAUAGCGGACGUUAAUUGUUCUCCACCAUAUUGGACAAAAGAAUUACAAAUCUGGUGGGUCAUGUGGUUGUGAGAGUCCUGGGACUUUCACUGUCAGAUGGAUCCCCAGAUCCUGUGAUUAUUUGGGGGCAAGACUGGUUUGUACUUGGGGGUGUUUAAGAUAUUUUUACAUGUGUAUUUGUAGAAGGUUUGGGGUUUUUCUGUUUUUGUUUUGGGAGAUUAAAUGACUGUCUCGUUUUCCUCUUGCCUGAUUUACUAAAGUGAGGUUUUCCUAAGGGAAGCAGGAAGUGGGACACACAGCUGCUGGGCUCUGCAGGCAGAGAGUCUCUGUCCGUUUGCAUUUUCCAAUUCAAUCAGGAACCACCUCCCAGCUUCUUUGUCGAUCCUGUCGGGUGUCGGGCAGGUACGGAGUGUCUUAGCUCCUGGAGUUUGGUGGGUUGUUGUUUUUUCUUUGAACUUUAAAAUGUUUUAACUUUUCAGACGCUCUUUAAGUUGUGUUUGAUGUAAUUCUUCUUCCUAAAACUGGCUGUUACUAGUCUGUAACCUUGUGCUUUACUGUUUAUACCUCUCCCAGGUGGGCAGCACGGAGGGAUGCCAUGAUAAUGUAAUUUCUGGGAAAAUCACAUUUACUUACACUGAAAUGGGGCAGAACUGUGUUUUAUCCAAGCAUAUCUUACGUCAAGUACACAGAGAGCACUUUGUGCUACAAAUCUGGUGGUCAAAGCUCUUAAGAGUGAAAUCUAAAUUGAAUAGAAGCAACAUUUUGAUUUUGUUUUAAGAAAUCUCCCCCCUCCUCCUCCUCCAUUUCAGGAAAGGUCCAAGGUACACUGUCGUUUACAUGUUCCCCGACUACAGGUUAUGAGAUCAUUCUGUGUUCAUGAGAAAAACGCCUCAAGUGACUUGUGUACGGCUGUCAAUAAUAGUGAUCCUAAGGCAUUCCUGUGUCAAAAUUUGAAAUAGGGUAAUUCAGUGAUAAGUAUCUCUUCUAAAACAGCCAUAAACCCUCCCCCUCCCCUGCUUUGCUCCCAGCUCUCCCCAGAUAUUUUUGCUGGCGGCUCUGCCUGCACGCCCCCAGCCAGUGCACCUGGGCCACUCACCCCAUGGGGCAAGUCCUCACCCGCUUGCAAAGACCCUGCUCUCACUAAGGAAUCUGGUUGCCCGACUUCCCUGUCAGCAUUGCCAUUCAGGGAGGUUGUAGGAUCUGAAGAAUACUGUCUCCUCCUCACCAAGCAGUCCUCCUUCUGUCCGGCUCUGUCCCAGAACAUGGGGAGCGUCUCUUUGGCUCACCCUCAGCCCACAGGUCUGCACACCUGAGAGAGAGGCCUGUUUCUCAGUUGUAGACUUCCCUGCAGCCUGACCUGUAGGUUUGGCCCUCAGACAGCUCUUGGUUGUGAUGACAAAUGGCCUCCAGUCCGGGGUGCUUCCCGAGUCGCCCCAGCAAGCCCAGCCUCCUGCUGGUGGUGUGGUGCUCCAGGAAUGGGCAAGCAGCUCCGUUUUGGUUUCAUAUUUAUUCCCCCUGUGCCCUGGGGAGCACUUGCAAACUAGGUGCAAUAAAUAAGCUGGACUAUAUAAAGAUAUAAUAAACAAGCUUUCAAUGUUUCUUGGAAGAGAUGAAGCAUUUGAGUGGGUUUCUUUCUCUCUUGUUUAAUAUUCUUGUUAUAUGGGAGCUGGUGAGAAAUAGAGUUAUGUAGUUCUGUAGAAAUUACAUUUCAGAAUCAAGGUAGAAUUUAUUUUUUUUCUCUAAGGUGUAAUUUUAAUGGUGGCAAAACAUGACUCAAUGUUUUUUAAAGAUGUAAAGUUUGAACUGCUAAACGAAUUUGUGGUUUUGAUCUUUGCAUAUAAUUUGCUUUAUAAAAACAAGCGUCACUUUGUAGGCACUUGGGAUAUAUAUAUAUAUAUAUAUAUAUAUAAAAAAAAUGGUGGUUUGCUCACUUUCUAGAAAUGCCUGUUUCUGGCUCUUAAUGGACAGUGAAUGGAAACCUUGGUUGUUUUUUCAUUUGUUUCCUCUUUUAAAGUUCCCCGACUGGAUGUGGUUUGCCGGAACAGGCCUCGUGGCCCUUUGCUCUGGGAGGUCCCGAUCUACUUAUCUCUUCAGAUGUGAUCACUGAAUCGGAGAGAGUGAAGCUGACAGUGGGAUCUUACAGGGUCCUCCAAAGACUGCUUGGCAGCUACCUCACUGCCUGAAGUGGGACCCUUCUGGGCGGGGAAGGGUAGCUGUGGUUCUGGGCGGCUUUUCCCCACUGCGGUUGGAAAGCAUUGCAGCCCGGGUUGUAAAGCUGUGAAUGUUUUUACAGUUUUGUUCUCAGUUCCUAGAGAUUGCUGGGGGCGGGAGGGGGAAGAGGACUCCAAGAAUGCAGCUGUGAGGAUGGCGUUUCACUUUGAUGUCAAUGUGAAUGUCCAGCUGAAGUGACUCAGCUUCAUUGGAUGCCGAAAAGUGCCUUGUCAAGAAAUUUCCACGUUUAAAAAAAAAUAAUAAAUAUUUUUGUACACAAUGUUCAAGGGGAAAUGCACUUUAAAAUCACAAGAAUGGAUGUAUUUUGUGUGGUAUAUGAGAGUGGUUUGUAUCAAAUGCAAAAACGUAAUAAAGGUAGAAAAAAACA